UGCGCCGGGGCGAGCGGCCGGGCCCGGCUCCGCCCGCCGCGGGCCCGACAGCGCCGCCGGUAACCGCCGGUAACCGCCCGUUGCGGGAGGAGCGGCGUCGCCGUGCUCGGUAACCGGGCCGGGAGAAGCGGCGGGCGCUCAGCCCCGCGGGAGAUAACAAAGAUGCACUUCCAGUGGGACUGGCUGUGCUUGGGUGUCCUGAUAAUUAGCUCAGUGACUGCAGAAAUGGAAAACAAAGAAAAUCUGGAUGCAGAUGUUGAAGUGGAGAAUUUUGACAAGCAGUCCCAAGAAGCUGAUGUUGACAGAGAUAAAUCUUCUCUAGAGGUUGUGUACCAGACUCCAAAGCCAACUGGGGAAGUAUAUUUCACAGAAACCUUUGAUGAAGGAUUGUCAGGGUGGGUAUUAUCUGUAACUCUGAAAGAAGACACAGAUGAUAACGUUGCUAAAUAUGAUGGAAGAUGGGAAGUAGAAGAGCUGAAAGAAAAUGCACUGCCUGGAGACAGAGGAUUAGUGUUAAAAUCAGUGGCAAAGUAUCAUGCAAUUUCAGCAAUGCUAACAAAGACAUUUGUUUUUGAUGAUAAACCUUUGAUUGUUCAAUACGAAGUGAAUUUCCAAAAAGGCAUUGACUGUGGCGGUGCAUAUAUUAAACUUCUCUCCAGUAGCAGUGACUUGAAUCUGGAGUACUUUUUUGACAAAACACCUUACACUAUUAUGUUUGGACCAGAUAAAUGUGGAGAAGAUUACAAACUGCACUUUAUCUUCAGACAUAAGAAUCCUAAAACUGGCGAAUAUGAUGAAAAGCAUGCUGAACGUCCUGAUGUAGACCUAAAAAAAUUCUAUUUGGACAAGAAGACACAUCUAUAUACUCUUGUGCUAAAACCAGAUGAUACAUUUGAAAUAUUAAUCGACCAAACAGUUGUCAGUAAAGGAAGUCUUCUUGAGAAUAUGAUUCCUCCGGUAAAUCCUUCCAAAGAAAUAGAGGAUCCUACUGAUAAGAAGCCUGAUGAUUGGGAUGAGAGACCAAAAAUACCUGAUCCAAAUGCUGUCAAGCCAGAUGACUGGGAUGAAAAUGAGCCUGCUAGAAUAGAAGAUCCUGAUGCUGUAAAGCCAGAGGGUUGGCUUGAUGAUGAACCACAGUAUGUUCCAGAUCCUAAUGCAAAAAAACCAAAGGACUGGGAUGAAGAAAUGGAUGGGGAGUGGGAAGCCCCUCAGAUCCGUAAUGCAAAAUGUGAGACUGCACCUGGUUGUGGAGAGUGGGUGCGUCCCAUGAAGAAUAACCCAAAGUAUAAAGGAAAAUGGAGAGCACCGAUGAUAGAUAAUCCUAAUUAUCAGGGAAUCUGGAGCCCUCGGAAAAUACCAAACCCAGACUAUUUUGAAGAUCUUCACCCAUUCAAGAUGACUGCUGUCAGUGCUAUUGGUUUAGAACUCUGGUCUAUGACAUCCGAUAUCUACUUUGAUAACUUCAUCAUAUGCUCAGAAAAAGAGGUAGCAGAUCGCUGGGCAGCAGAUAGCUGGGGCUUGAAGAAAUUAGUGGCAAGUGCUAAUGAGCCUGGUAUGUUUAGUCAAUUGGUGACUGCUGCAGAAGAACACCCAUGGCUCUGGGUUCUUUACAUCUUGACUUUAGCUCUCCCCAUUGGUCUAAGUGUGUUGUUCUGCUGGCCAGGAAAGAAAUCAGAUGAAUAUAUUGACUUCAAAAAGCCUGAUGUAUUUAAGCAAAUUACAAAGGGAGAACUAAAAGAAGAGACAGAGGACUUCGAAGAUGAUGAACUAGAAGAAGAAAAAGAAAAUGAAGAUACUGAUGAAGAUGGCUUCAGAGGGAAGGAUUACACUUUGCUGUCACAGGACUUCAUUGUUUCUUGCUUUAAGAAGAAUUGCUUAGCUUCCUUCAGCUUCCUGCCACUUUUUAUACUUGCAGAGAGAAGAGAAAUAGAAGAGACAAAAAGAGAAUUUAAAAGGGAUAAUACAAAGAAGAUGGGAAGGGAGGCUUCUGUUUCAGAAGUUGACGGUGAAGGUGGUGAAGAUAUUUAUGAUGCUGAAGAAGAAAAUGAAGUUCCAGAUGGAAGUCCAGGUGAUUGGUCAAAUAAAUCUGAUUCAGAAGAUGAGAAGAAAGAAGCUGAUGAAGAAAUGGGAGAUCGUCCACUGAAAUCAGUGCGCAAAAGAAGAGUACGAAAGGACUGAGUUAUUUCCAGCUGGUGUUUGCAGGUCUAGAGACAUUGACGGUAACUUCUGGUGUGUCACUUCAGUGAGCCUGGCAAAUUCCUGAGCUUUGAUGGGAAAAGGAGGGGCUCAUUGCUGUUUAACCUCCUAUUUUAAUUAUCUGGCCUCUUUAACCAUCCCAAACGUCCUCAAUUCCCUUUUUUAAGGAUAAAUGCUAUCUGUGAAUAGUUAGCUGGUAUUUAAAAUUCAAAAUAAAAGGGAAAUUACCAGUUGAUGAACUGAUUUUUAGGUGAAGAUUCUUAAGAUUUGAAGUUUCUUAGAAAUUAGUAUUAGUUGGAGAUAAACUUACUCGAAAUAUUUUUUUAAAUAAAUGCAUUAUAAUACUUUUGUAGCUCUAGCACGAAAUAAGCUGUUUACAGUUUUCAGCUUAAAGAUGAUGGUAGGUAUAGAUGUAGCAUCUAUAGCAGUUCACAUUGCUAUGAGAAAAGGUAUUAUUUUCUGUGCAGAGCUAAAUGCAAUAAUUGUUUUUGUAUGAUGAUUUUGUGCUAGCAACAAUUUUUAUUGUAAAUUAUUUAUUUUAGCUGAUCUUGUUACAUGGGUCACCUGUUCACUUUAGGCAUUGGCUGCAGUAAUUUAUUUUCAAGAUAUAUUUUAAAAUAGAAUACAAGUGGUAAUUGAUGUUAUUUGUUUUACUCUUGAAUGCAGGUAUCAAAUCUGCAGGUCAUAUACAGAUGAUUUUUUCAAACUUUUAUAGUUCUCAUGUUCUAAACCAGAGUGGUAUAACCUGUUUCUAGAAUACUUGCUAAGUAUAUAUUGUCACCUAAAAAUAUUUAUUAAUUCUUGCUUAAUAUGAAAUUUAUUAAUAUAGAUAAGACUUUUUGAUGGAUUAAGUUUUUUACGAUGUGAGUAACUUGAGUAUUCUCAUAGUUUAAAUAAACUGCUUAUUGUAAAGAAACAUUGUUUCAUUGAAUUUCGGCUGUAUAUUAAACAAUAAAAUUUCAGUCACCAGAAA